AUGAUGCCGUGGGGCUUCACUGUGGAGGACUUGCAAAACUUUGGCACAAGUCCGAUCGAUACCUCCUUUGAUCCAGCUUCUAUGCAAUACACCAGUCCAACUUGGCCGGACUUUUCGGCAUUAGCUUCCGAAUGCCCGGCAACUUUCACAACGCCUGUUUCUAGCGACAGCCCUCAGAAAUCGCUGCACUUCCUGGACAAAUUUACUAGCAACACGGGUCUAGUGUCGAGCUUUGAUUGUGGUACCCACGAGCAAAGAGAACAAGUUGCUGCCAGCUUAGACCAGCAAAUAUUGUCUCAGCUACAGCAGAGAAUAAUGUCACUGCCAGCCUUAGGCAUGGAUGUUCAAUCUUCUUUGAUACUGGAGAAUAACAGUGAUACAAGUUCAGCAAGUGAAUUGUCACUGGAUUGGUUCAGUGAUCCACUUUCUUUGAAGACACACGAGAUUCUUCUCUUAGUUGAAGAAGUGGUCACGAUCAAACCGCGAAACAGUUCUGUCACCUUGGACUGGUCAUCAGCACUCAGGGAUGCAUGUCUGCAAUUCUUCUCUGCUUCGAACAUAAGAAGAUUUCUGGGGUUCUACUGGGCAAUAUGGCAUCCUAAUGUGAACUUUGUGCACCGGCCUACCUUCGACAUGCUGGCAGCGAAGCCGACACUACUAGCUGCAAUGGCUCUGAUUGAUGCGCGCACUUGGUUCAACUGUGUGGAAGAAAUGGUUUUCAUUGACGACGAUUUCAACAGUGAUUUGACCUACCAAUCCUCUAGCAACAUGUCCAUUCAAAGACGCAAGAUUCAGGCCGUACAGGCCGCCUACAUAGUCUGUCUCUACCAGAACUGGGAGGGUGCGGAUGCGAGCAAGAGUCGCAUUCGACGUUACCGUUUUGCUACCCUGGUAUCUACUGCUCGUGAUAUUGGUAUCACGGCAGCGCGACAUCUGAACUACAGCGAGCUCGGCCGCCAUGAGUUCGAAUGGAAAGAAUAUGCCGCUCGGGAGGAAAUGAUCCGUCUGUUUACUUGGAUCUUUUUACUAGACUCAGCAUUCGUCAUUUUCAACAACCUUCCUCCGCGGAUGGUCAUCAAAGAAAUAAGGAUGCAUAUGGCAACACCAGAAACCUGUUUUCAAGCGGCAACGGCAGACCAAUGCCACCACCAAAUCCAGCUCUUCCUGCCUGCAAGAAGUCUCUACUGGACGACAUCCUUCCGCGGGUCGUUCGAGUCACUAUGUAAAGACGAUCUAUCCGUCAAUAUCCGCCACCUCCUCGCUACCCUGGGUCCAUUGAAUUUAUUCGCACUAACAUCAGCAAUUCACUCACAAAUCUUCCAAUUCCGCAGCGCGGUGGGCAGCUUCCAACUACGAGCCCCGAUCCAAAAUGCACUCAGCAACUGGCGCGAUAUCUGGCAGUUGUUUUCCUCGACGUUCCCCCAAGGAAUCAUGCCACACAUGACAAUUGAAGACCCUCACAUCCAACCAGAGCAGCUCUGGAGACGAAUGGGAUUUUUCCGCUAUGCCCCCGAGUACUGGCUUCUGGCUCAUCUGAUGGCAGAUCGAUUAGCAGUACUUGGCACAUCUAAGCCGGAGAAUGAGUUGGAGCCGCUCGAUGAGGGCCCGCUGGACCCGAUUCUGAAUCGAUAUGACCAAACUAGUAUGCGCCAGAUUAAUGAUCUGAUUAUGGACUUUCAGACAUUCCAGAUUUGA